CCGGCCGGGGGCGCGCGGCGGAGGGUUUGACGUGGCAGUUCCCAGCCCGGUUGCAAAUCGGCGCGCACCGAGCAGGGGCGGCGAGGACGCGACGGGGGCCGUGUCAGCGGGGGCCGGGUCAGCGGGGGCCGCCCGCACCGGGAGCGGAGACGCGGGCUCCGGGAAGGCCGGCGCCGUGCGGGACCAGGGCUCUUCUGCAGAACUACCCUGUGGAAUGAAAUUUUCAUAAUGAGUCAACAAGGUUAUGUGGCCACACCCCCCUAUUCUCAGUCCCAGCCUGGAAUGGGCCUUUCUUCCCAUCAUUAUGGGCACUAUGGGGAUCCUUCCCAGGCAACUUCACCAGGUAUGGUGAAGCCAGCUGCACCCUUGGGGGCCACCAGCCCUGGGGUGCUUCCACCUCCAGGCACUCUGCCUCCUGGACCCCACCAGUUUGGCCAGAAUGGAGCUCAUGCUUCAGGCCAGCCUCCGCAGAGAUUUCCAGGCUCUCCACCUGCCAACAGUGUGGCACCCUCUUAUGCAUCAUACCAGCCCUCCACACAGCCAUCUUAUCCACCUCCAGUGGCCACUUCGUCUGUCACGCAUCUGGGCACUCAGCUCAAUGCUAUGCAGAUCAACAACUAUGGAUCCGGCAUGACUUCCCCCAGCCAGGGGUCCCCUGGACCUCUGUCAGCCACAUCAUUCCAGGGCCCCCCACGACCUCCACAGCCAUCCAUUCUACAGCCUGGCUCUCAGGUUCUGCCACCACCCCCCACCGCGCUGAAUGGGCCUGGGGCCCCGCCACUGCCCCCCACCUUGCACAGGCAGGAGGGGCUCCCUGGACCUGCACCUCUAAAUGCCCAGUACCAGCCUCCACCCCCGCCAGGCCAGACCCUGGGUGCUGGCUAUCCACAGCAAGCAGCCAACUAUGGCCCCCAAAUGGCAGGUGCACAGCUCUCUUACCCGGGAGGCUUCCCCACAGGGCCCUCACAGAUGGCUGGACCCCCACAGCUCCAGAAGAAGCUGGAUCCUGACUCCAUCCCCAGCCCGAUCCAGGUGAUCGAGAAUGACAGAGCCACCAAAGGGGGACAAGUGUACACUACCAACACCAGAGGCCAGGUCCCUCCCCUGGUCACCACAGACUGUGUGAUACAAGACCAAGGCAAUGCUAGUCCUCGCUACAUCCGGUGUACAACGUACUGUUUCCCGUGCACAUCAGACAUGGCGAAGCAAGCUCAGAUCCCGCUAGCAGCUGUCAUCAAACCCUUUGCCACCAUUCCAUCCAAUGAGACCCCCCUUUACUUGGUAAACCAUGGUGAGAACGGGCCCGUCCGGUGCAACAGGUGCAAAGCCUACAUGUGUCCAUUCAUGCAGUUCAUCGAGGGAGGGAGGAAGUACCAGUGUGGCCUCUGCAACUGUGUCAACGACGUUCCACCAUUCUAUUUCCAACAUCUGGACCACAUUGGAAGAAGGCUGGACCACUACGAGAAGCCUGAGUUAUCGCUGGGAUCGUAUGAGUACGUUGCCACUUUGGAUUAUUGCAGAAAGAACAGACCUCCCAACCCACCAGCCUUCAUCUUCAUGAUUGAUGUUUCAUAUAGUAACAUAAAGAACGGACUUGUCAAGCUCAUAUGUGAAGAACUGAAGACCGUGUUGGAAAAGCUCCCAAAGGAAGAGCAAGAAGAGACGUCUGCUAUUCGAGUUGGUUUUAUCACCUAUAACAAAGUUCUGCAUUUCUUCAACGUGAAGAGUAACUUGGCCCAGCCUCAGAUGAUGGUGGUGACUGACGUGGGAGAAGUCUUCGUUCCUUUGUUAGAUGGCUUCCUUGUCAACUACCAGGAGUCCCAAUCUGUGAUUCACAAUUUAUUGGACCAGAUUCCAGAGAUGUUUGCAGACUCCAGUGAAAACGAAACUGUCUUCGCACCUGUCAUCCAGGCUGGCAUGGAAGCCCUGAAGGCAGCAGAAUGUCCUGGGAAGCUGUUCAUCUUCCAUUCCUCCUUGCCCACUGCGGAAGCACCAGGAAAGCUGAAAAACAGAGACGACAAAAAGCUGGUUAACACAGACAAGGAGAAGCUACUCUUUCAGCCCCAAACAAAUGUGUAUGAGUCUCUGGCCAAGGCCUGCGUGUCCCACGGCUGCUCAGUGACGCUCUUCCUCUUCCCCAGCCAGUAUGUGGAUGUGGCCUCCUUAAGCCUUGUUCCUCAGCUCACUGGAGGAACCCUCUAUAAAUACAACAAUUUCCAGAUUCAUUUGGACAGCCAACAGUUUCUGAAGGACCUCAGAAACGACAUCGAAAAGAAAAUAGGCUUCGAUGCCAUCAUGCGAGUUCGCACCAGCACAGGUUUCAGAGCCACUGAUUUUUUUGGUGCCAUUUUUAUGAACAAUACGACUGACGUGGAGAUGGCAGCCAUUGACUGCGACAAGGCAGUGACUGUGGAGUUCAAGCACGAUGACAAGCUCAGCGAAGACACGGGGGCCUUGAUCCAGUGUGCUGUGCUCUACACAACCAUCGGUGGCCAAAGGCGACUCCGGAUUCACAACCUGGGGUUAAACUGCAGCUCCCAAUUAGCUGAUCUGUACAAGAGCUGUGAGACAGAUGCCCUGAUCAACUUCUUUGCCAAGUCAGCUUUUAAAGCAGUUUUACACCAGCCUCUGAAGGUGAUCCGGGAAAUCCUCGUUAAUCAGACAGCCCAUAUGUUGGCGUGUUACCGGAAGAAUUGUGCAAGCCCCUUGGCAGUGAGCCAGCUGAUUCUGCCGGAAUCCAUGAAGGUGUUCCCGGUGUACAUGAACUGCUUGUUGAAGAACUGUGUGCUGCUCAGCCGCCCAGAGAUCUCCACGGACGAGCGGGCGUACCAGAGGCAGCUGGUCAUGGCCAUGGCAGUGGCAGACUCCCAGCUCUUCUUCUACCCGCAGUUGCUGCCCAUCCACACGUUAGAUGUGAAGAACACAGCGCUACCCGCCCCGGUCCGCUGCUCAGAGUCCCGCCUUUCGGAGGAAGGCAUCUUCCUGUUGGCUAAUGGUCUGCACAUGUUCCUCUGGCUGGGCGUGAGCAGCCCGCCUGAGCUGAUCCAGGCGAUAUUUAAUGUGCCAUCUUUUGCACAUGUCAACACAGAUAUGACCCUGCUUCCGGAGGUGGGAAAUCCAUACUCGCAACAGCUCAGAAUGACCAUGAAUCUUCUCCAGCAGAAGAGGCCGUAUUCCAUGAAGCUGAUAAUAGUAAAGCAGCGAGAACAGCCAGAGAUGGUCUUCCGACAGUUCCUGGUGGAAGACAAAGGGCUGUACGGAGGCGCAUCCUACGUGGACUUCCUGUGUUGUGUUCACAAGGAGAUCUGCCAGCUGCUUAACUGAAACUUCUUUCGGCAAUGUUGCAAUUGAAAGAGGUCUCUCCUUCUUGGUGCCUAAUUUUCCAGAUGACAUAGGCUAGUUUUGAUUUCUUGCUCAAUUUCAGAAUAUCUUUCCAAGACGGCAUUUAGGACUGUAGCUUUGGUGCUCAGGUAUAAAGCCAGUGAAGGGACAGUUGUACCAUAAAGGGAACAAGUCUAUUUCUGAUUGCACAACUUUUAAUUUGAAAACUGAUGCAGUUUCCAUUUCAUGAAAAGCGUAGUUUACAGAAACAUAAACAUUCUCAAUUUUCUUUGUGCUAGACAUAUAAAUUAUUUUUCAAAGUGUAUAGAUUUGGAGUAAAAAGUUGUCUGGUUUCCCUCAUAUUUACAGUGAGAGGGAAAAUUAAUUUUUACAUUAUGCCUAAUUUUUUAAAGUCGUUGAACUCCAUUGAACUAAUUUUUCAAAGUAAAGUUUGCAUAGUACUUUUAAUAACCUUGGAAUCUAUCUGGUAGAACUUGUGUUCUACUAUAUUUUCCAUAAUUAUAUUUGUCUAUGUUGAAAGUAUUUUCCAGGUGUUUUGUCUAUAAAACUGUCUUAUCAAUAUUCUUAAUGGUUCUUUGUACAAUUUUCAUGGUUUCUACCUGUAUAUAAUGGAUCUUAACCAGUACCAAUAAAUCACUUCAUAUACUCUUAAA